AGUAUAACAUAGUUUUUAGUAGCCUCAGCAACAAAAAUAAGACGCCGAUACUAUUAUCAUGGUGUCUUUUGUGUACAUAAUUAUCACAUUACUAAUAGAGUUCAUAAAUGUACCGAUUGAAUCUGCAGCUGCCGGGUUCAAUGAAAACCUGGGCUUACGCAUUGGUGCGGGAACUUUUGGAGGAACAUAUUCAAAUGAUGGAGCAGGUUAUUCGGGAUACUCAGCGUUUGGUCAAACGGGAUUGCAAGGUGAAAUGCCAGUAGCUCUCUAUCCCGAUGAUCUGCAAAAAAUGAAAGCAAAAUCUGAAACACCGGCAAAGAAGCGCAUUAGAAAACAACCAUAUAUUGACACUUCAAAUGCAUUGCAUGACGACUACUUGUCUUACAAGAACACGAUUUCAACUCCGCCGAAAACCGUUGAUGCAUACACGGCUCCAACAUAUAACUCUUAUGGAUACAGUUCACCGACAUAUCCUUCCACGGAUUAUUCGAUGCAAGGAAAUGCAUCGUCAUACACACCAUCGGCACCUCAAACGGUAGAACGGCCUUUGAUCGUGGAUUUACCGGAUACGCUGCUACAGCAGAGCAAUGGAAAUGCAUCUGCUCCAAGUAUUAUCAACGUGGCACAGCCAAGUGCUAAAGAACCAAUGGUGGUAAUGCCAAUAGGAACUAAUCAAGCUGCAGCGGCAACAAAAACACCUGCUGUUGACAAUGAUGUCAUCAACCGUGAAUUGAAGGCACUUAACAUACCAUACCAAAUACCAGCCAAUGAAAAAAGUACAGUUGCACCAACACCACUUCCAGCUGCCCCGGUUAUUAUUGCGGAUACUGCAAGUCUCAAACCUGCUGAAACAAAUAACAAUAUAAAAGCAACUGGAAAUGCAAUGGUGCUUGACUUCAAUGUAUCAAAAGGUCAAGCAUCCGUGGAACCAAGGUUUCAUCUAACAAUAAAAUGUGAGAAUUGUGCAAUGGAUAAAGAUCAAGGAGCUGCUAAGUCUAAUUCUGGUAUUAGUGAGAAACCCAAUGGAGAGCAAGGUGAUAUGGAUCCACCUACAGGUGAGCACCACGGACAUCAUCAUCAUCAUCACCACCAUCACCAUGAUUCCGAUAAUGAUUCUAAAGACAGUAACGCUAAAUCAAAAGACGAUCAACCUAGCAAAACCGAUGAAAGCUCAAAAGAAACUGAAGCGUCCAAAAAUGAAACUAGCAAUACAUAUGAAGAACCGGAUAAACCAACACCAAAAAACAACAAAACAGCUACUAAUUCUAAUAAAAAGAAAUCUCGAGGCAAGAAAAAAGGGUUCUUUAAGAAAAUUGUUGAACAUAUUAUACCACCUCAAAAUGUGGAUGAAGAGGAAACGAAAUCCAACGAUGAGGAGGCUGCAGCAGAUGCUGAUGAAGACCGCACUUCAUUCAUUGAGUUAGGAUCGGGAACCAAAGUCUCUAUAAAAGAUAGAUUAUAUGACUCUAUAUCGUUAAAUCUACCAGUAACUGGAAUUGGCGGAGUAGAAGAAAGAGAUACCGAAUAUCCCUCCUCACCAACAGUUCUAGAAGAUCCUGAAGAAUUUGGUAGACAGGGUUCUUUACGCGCAUUGAGGGAUAUUGAUGCCUUCACGUCAUUGUUAGAAACAUCAGAAGAAGUAACAACGCCACCUACGGGAGAAACAGCAACUCAACCAACCGAAGAAAUACCAACUCCACCAGCAGAAGAGUCAACAGCACAGGAGGAUAAUUCCCCAAUCGCUAAGUUCUUUUCUAACCUGUGGAACACCAUAACAGGAUGGUUCACAUCAUCUAGUGAGCCUGAAGUUAAAGAUGACUCCGGUAAUGAUGAUGCUAAGAAGGCAUCAGAUUCAGCCGUAGUAGACGCUACUCAAAACAAAGAUGCAGCGGAUCUUACGGAUACAAAAUCAGAAGCAUACGUAAAGGCUACGGCAAAUAUCAAUACCAACAAUGACGGUUCCAUAUUUAGUGAUCAAACUAAUGACACGUCGAUUGAUCCUAGCUAUCCAUUGCCAAUAACGCCCAAUACUACAGAGUCCCCUAACUCAAUAACUAAUGAUGGUAAAGACUCCAGGGGGACAACAACAGUUAAUGUCGAAUCGAAGGAAACGACUACACCCAUUUCUAAUACAGCUGAAUCAAAGGACCUAAUAACACAGGUAUCAACUGAAUCUAAGGAUCCCGACAUGUCAAAGCUGACAGUAAUUUCAAAAGUAUCCAGUGUUGUACCCAAAAAUGAUAACGAAUAUUCAUCUAAGAAGACUAAGCGAAAGAAUAGGUUACGCAGGAUCGGUGUCGUAAACGGAGUUCAAGAAGAUACUAUAACUGUUUCCGGGUUAUCACUAAUAGAAAAGCAGGCUGAAAAGUCUAUAGACAUGAAUAUUCAAAAUGUUGACAAUGCUUCAUUUCUAGAAAGUAAAGAACGACCUAUUGACAAUACUUACCGCCAUAAUGGGUUCACCGGCUUCUUUUCCAACAUGUUCAAUACAAUACUAGGGUGGUUUCAACCAGCAAUUAACACAACAAAAGAUGACACAACAACUAACGAAACGAGAGAAAUGACUACCAAUAAUGGUACAACGUUAGAUAGCAGUAAACAAGCUGAAUUAACCGCACCACUGGACAAAUCCCUUCCAACAAAGUCUGAAACAGAAGAAGCAGACAAUAAGGGAGUGAUUUCCGAACUUACUCCAUCUUAUAAUGAAGAAAAGCGUAUCGGUAAUUUACCUUUAAAACAGAAUUUUGCGACUAUCAAUGAAAUAAAGGAUGUUUCGGAAAGUGCACCAGAAUUUUCAUUUAUACAAAUGGAUGAUGAAUAUCAUCGGAGAGGCCUAUUAAGACGAUUCUGGGAUAAAUUAGGUUCGUUAUAUAAAAGAUCAAGGAGAAACAAAUACAAAGUGAUUAAAGUACCAACUGGGGAAACUGAUUCAAUGGAUAUUGAUUUCAACCCCAAAAAGUAUCUUGGUAAAUUCAAGAAAUACAAUAAACGUGUUGAAUCACUACGCGGACCUUCAUUCCUAGAAACCAGCGACAACGAUUCGAUAAAGGAUGCCUUGUUGGAUGGAAACAAAGAUACUGAAACUCUGCCUUCAUCAUUAGAGACCAUAUAUAACGAUAAAUUGAAAGAUUUGUCUAUUGUUACAGAGUUAAAUGAUCAAAUAGACGAUAAAGAUAGUGCAGUUGGUGGUAUAAUCUCUUCACCUCUUAGUAAAUCUGAAGCAACAGAUGUUAUUACAGGACUUGCACCACUUGAUAAAGGCGAUAAAGCAAUGGUAUUAGAUGAUGCUAUUCAAACUGCGGACGAUAUAAAAAAUGCUAACGGCGCACUCUACGUGGUAAAUGAAUCGAGUGACGGAGAUGACCUUAUAAUUAUAAAGGACGAAAAUGUGAAAGGAAAAAAGACAUCUAAAAAUGGAUUGGAUUCCUCUACAGCUAUGAAAGAAAGUAUGGCACAGAAAAACGAAAAACGGCCAAUCGUCGAUAAACCAAAGCGUGAAGCUUUCCUAAAGUUCGUUGAUCAGAUGGCGAGCGCCAUAGAAUACCUAUUUAAUACCGACACUACGCCAGUAUCCAGUGGUAUAUUGGGAGACAUGGUCUCUGAUGACACUCAAGAAGAACAGCCUAAGAAGAUAGCUAAGAAUAAAAAAGGAGCAGCUGAAGUUACUAUACGAAGAAAAGUUGAAACUCCCGUUUUCGUAGCAGAUCAACUUCCCGAAGAGAAAGGAUUUGAUUCCACUAUGAAGGACAUGGAAGUCUUAAACGACAUCGAUACCAAUUUGCAUGACAUUGUGGAUGGCAAAUUGUCGAAGUUACUGAAUGGUGAUAAGACAAAUGUUGAUAAAUUGCUAUAUUACCUGCCCACGCUUGCCGAUGCGUUGAAUGAUUCGAUUAACGAAACUGAUCUUUCAAGUGAAACGUCAAAGGAAAUAGUAAACAGCGAGAUUAACACAAACAAAAAAGAAGGUAACAAAGAACUCUAUACCAAGGAUAGUGAUUAUAUGACGAAAACGGGUAGCAAUGACUCCGAAUCUAGCAAAUCAACAAAAGAGCAAACUUUGUUACAAGAUAACAGUGAUUCUACGAAAGGCACUAGCAUAGCAUCCUCAAAGACGAUAAGUGAGAAUGUUGAUACUCUGGAACCGAAGUCCAAUGUAAGUAAUGAUGGACCUACUCUGUCAGACACUUCGGUACAGGCAAACAAAACAUUGACGAAAGAAAGUGCCAAGAAAUCAAAAUCGCUUAGAGGCUCUAUUUUAAAUGAGGAAGAGCUAAAUAAAGCUACAGGCACAACAAAUUCAAAGUCUUCUGAAAAGGAUAUUAAUAUUAACCAAAGAGAUGUAUCUUCGAACAAGGAAGCCUCAACCAAGAUAGAGAAGAAAGAAGUGAUAAGUGAAUUGAAUAGCAUGUAUGAGGGAAAGAAAGACGAUGUAGUACAAGUGAUGACAUCAAACGAUCUCAAAGAUUCCUUAGCAAGUGAAGUAGCUAAACCAGAUGGAAGUGUAACCACAAAGCAGGAUUUAUUAUCGGUUAGUACAGAGAAAGCAUUGACACCGUUGCCUACAGUUAAGGAGGGAAAUGUAGAAACCUUAAAAAAUAUGAAUGAGAUGGUCACAAAGGAGAUCACUCUAUCUGACGGAAUGAAUACGGAUACACUACCAAUCGCAACAGAUGCUGUGAACAAUCCUGGCCUUUCAGAACAAAGUGUAAAGUCAACUGUCGAUCCUGCAUUUAAUGAUUCUUCGCCGUCAACGAAAGACAUGAUCUCGGAUACAGCUAACUAUACUGCCGAUGAUUACAACGCGAAAGGACAGCGUUCUUCCACGCCAAAUGUAGAACCCAUUGGAAUAGAUAGCAUCACUGAUACAACUCUUCAACAAGAGGUCCAGGAUAACAUUAAAAAUGCAAGCAGAGAAGCUACACAAUCAAUCAUGGAACAGAAGUCUACAAACAACGAAACACUAAUAAAGGGUAUCGCUGACGCAGCAACUGAUGGAAAACAACUCAAAUCUAAGAAUAAGAACUCAAGCAAAAAUACGACACAACAACCGAUCGUUGUUAUAGUAAACGCAAACUCCAACGCUGACCCCGGAAAAAAGGUAGAAACUGGCGACAACGAGGCAACGGAUGACGUUUUAGCUAAAUUAGUCCUUGAAAUAGCAAAGAAAGAAAUUAAAAGGCAAAAGAAUAAUAAUAUCAACUAUGCAACCGCAGGUGAUGUACCACUAAACGGAAUGUUAAAGGAAGACAAGGUAUUAGACAUGGAAGAUGGUUUUGGAGACGAGAGUUUAAAGAAACACAUGGUAGGAUACCUACGACAAUUUGUAAAUACAGCUUAAAUAUAUAUAAUAUUUUAAUCAAAAAACCCAUACACAUUAAUUUUUAAA